CACAGCUUCUACUACUACUCUGGAAUCUUUCCUCACUUGCACGUCCACUGGUGAUUCGCGCAGUUUCUUCCGUCUCUUUUGAGCUUACCAACCAUGACCGAAGUAGUAGCCGGAUUCGAAGGAUGUCCGUCCUGGGCUCCCGCCUUUGGAUACUUGGGUGCGUCUAGUUGUAUGAUUCUGGCUUCCUGGGGCAGUGCCUGGGGCACCUGGCGGGCGGGUCUCGGUGUGUGUCACAUGGGAAUUGACCAUCCCGCUGGGAUUAUCAAAAAUAUUGUCCCCAUUGUCAUGGCUGGUGUGCUCGGUAUUUACGGACUCAUCGUAUCCGUCAUUAUCAUUCAAGCCGUCACACCACCCAACAGUGACCACACUAACGUAUACAGCUCCUUCAACGGAUACACACACUUUGCCGCUGGUCUUUGUUGUGGUCUUUCGUGUUUGGCGGCGGGUGGAACGAUUGGUAUUCUCGGCGACGCCGGGGUACGAGCCUUUGGCGUCAAGGCCAGCAACGGCCGCAACGUGGAAGGUGCCAACAAACUGUACGUCGGCAUGCUUAUUAUGCUCAUCUUCAGUGAAGCGCUAGCCCUGUACGGAUUGAUUGUGGCGUUAAUUCUAUCCCAACACAGCUACUCGUGUGAAUAAAAGUUCGCGUGAGGCAGAUCCGGAGAGAAGACGAGUUUCGGUUAGUCGAGGACAUUAUGUGUGGAAGGUGUUGCGCGGGUUUGGGACUCGUACACAUCCCGUCGAUUGUACACGGCUGCGGAUUAUUCUCUGGAAAUGGAGUCACUCCUUGGUGUUUGUUAUGCUUCGUUUGUCUUUUUAAGUGUAACCCAAUAUUGCUUACCGUU